GAGAUCUCUCUUUAUUUGUUUCUGGCUGGAGCAACUGGAGUGCUGUCCAUCACAGAAAUAAGAAAUGGCAGCUCUUCUCCAGUCAGCCACUGCCACAGCCACUCUCUCUCAUCGCUCCGUCUGCUGCUCCACGACGUCGUCGUCUCCGAUCACUUACUCUUCAUCUUCUACAACAGCAGCAGCAGGCUUAAGCUGGGCUCCCAACAACAACAGGAAUAAGUACAAGCAGAAUGCUGCCCAGCACCAGCUUGUGGGCUUCGUCAGGAGGAAGAAGCCCUUUGUCGUCAGCUCUAGCUUGGACACUGCCGCCACCGUCGGCCAGGUCACCGAGGUCGACAAGGAUACCUUCUGGCCAAUCGUCAAUGCCGCCGGCGACAAGACCAUCGUCCUUGAUAUGUACACCCAAUGGUGCGGUCCUUGCAAGAUUAUAGCUCCAAAGUAUCAAGAAUUGUCGCAGAAAUAUGACGACGUCAUAUUUCUGAAGCUUGAUUGUAACCAAGAAAACAAGCCAUUGGCAAAGGAGCUUGGAAUAAGGGUGGUACCGACGUUCAAGAUAUUGAAGCACGACAAGGUCGUAAAAGAAGUGACAGGGGCGAAAUUUGAUGAUUUAGUUGCUGCCAUAGAGACCAUCAGAACGAGCUGAAUCAAAUCUUGUUCUAUUUAAAUUUUCUCCAUUUGAUGUUGUUGAUAACGUUAUGAAAAAACGCCUGCUUGGAAAUCAUCUUCUACUUGUAUGUAAUUAUGUAUCCAUUUGACGUUUUCUUUGCGAUUGUGGUUCACUUCAAUGGAGAAGAAAUGUACCAUAAGCACACAUUUGGGCAAAACUAAACUUUGGUUAAGCCUAUUUAGUUUUUGCAAAGCCCUAUUUAGUGUUUGCUAAAAAAAAAAAAAAAAGUGGGCUGGCGGAAGCAUAGGCAAACUGGGCCUAUACUGGCUAGACUGAGCCCGAGUACGUCUAGGCGGAAGCUGGGUUAGUGGGCAUACGCGGGCUGGAGGGUCCCACCUUUAAAUAACUUUAGUUGGGCCUCCUAAGCACACAUUUGGGCCAUGCUAUAUUCAAAUCAGUAGGGAGUCCAAGGCACGG